AAAACAACAGAAUGGAUCCAAGGUUUGUUUUCACACCGAAAUCCUAGACACCAUAUAAUGACCUUCUCAGCAAUUCUCUCUAUUUCGUACACGCCCCAAAGUAGCAUUUUUUGUACCCAAAAAUCAAAUCCAUUAUCCCUAAAGACCUUAUUAUUCCCACCCCAAGUUGGGAAGAAACUUGUCCACCAACCUCUAAGGUACAAAGGGUUUUCUCCCAAGGGGGAUGUUGGCAAAAUCAAGGCAUCAAUUAAGUGGGAAAAGGGCUACAAGAAAGUUGAGAUCUCCAGUAAGGAGCAUCUUGCUGUAUCAUUGGCUUAUGAUGUUGCUCAGCUCUCUAACAAAUUCACAAGAGAGAGAGGUGCUUUCACUGUCGUUUUGUCCGGUGGGUCACUCAUCAAGUACCUCAGGAAAUUGCUUGAACCUCCGUAUAUUGAUUCCAUAGAGUGGUCAAAAUGGCAUGUUUUCUGGGUGGAUGAGAGAGUUGUGCCAAAGGAUAACUUAGACAGUAAUUACAAGCUCGCCUAUGACGGAUUUCUCUCUAAGGUGACAAUUCCUCCGGUAAAUGUUUAUGCCAUUGAUGAUGCCCUAGCAGCAGAUGGAGCAGCUGAUGUUUAUGAGACAACUCUCAAACGGUUGGUCAAGAGUAAUGUGAUAGAUACAUCAACUAGGGGAUUUCCCAAGUUUGAUCUCAUGUUAUUGGGUAUGGGCCCAGAUGGGCAUGUAGCUUCUUUAUUCCCUGGGCACCCCCUUCUGAAGGAGGAUAAAAAAUGGGUUACAUUCAUAAGGGACUCACCAAAGCCACCACCAGAGAGAAUCACUUUUACCAUUCCGGUAAUCAAUUCAUCUUCAAACAUAGCAAUGGUGGUGACAGGGGAGGGUAAAGCAAACGCUGUUAACUCUGCACUAGAGGACCAUGAGAAGACUGAUAAAUUGCCUGUUGAACUGGUUUCACCUGAAGGGGAGUGGAAAUGGUACCUAGACGUUGGUGCUGCUUCAAAGCUGUUUAAGGAAUAGAUGCAUGUGAUAUGUGGGUGCUGCAAUUUUUUUUACCAAUUUGGCGGGGCCUCUUGAUCUUUAGAAAAGUAAAUAGAUAUUUUAUUGUAAAAUGCUAAUGUGGGUAUUACUUAUUAAAUAUUUAUCAGUCUAUUUGAUGGUA